AUUAAAAAAGAAAUAAAGGCCAACUGGAAGAAAAGGGGAAACCAUGACUGAAGCAUUGAAGAGAAGCUACGAGGUUUGCGAAGAGAUCGGCCGGGGAAGAUUCGGCGUCGUUUUCAGGUGCGUUUCAUUGAGCUCAGGCGAAUCAUUCGCCGUUAAAUCCAUCGACAAACGUAUAAUCUCCACCGGCGAUUCUCUUGACUCCCAAUGUCUCUUCAACGAGCCGAAAAUCCUUGCUUUAGUUUCACCUCACCCGAACAUAAUUCACCUCCACAACCUCUACGAAGACGAUUCUCAUCUCCACAUGGUCCUCGAUCUCUGCCCUCCUUCUCAAGACCUUUACAAUCUCAUCAUCCACAAUGGUCCCUUCUCGGAAGCCCAAGCUCGACCCAUCAUGACCCAGCUCAUCCAAGCCCUUGCCCACAUUCACAAGCUCGGCAUCGUCCACCGUGAUAUCAAGCCGGAGAAUAUUCUGUUCGAUUCCAAAAAUUCCGUUAAGCUAACGGACUUCGGUUCCGCUGAAGUGGCGGCGGAGGCUAUGCAAGGGGUGGUGGGGACCCCGUAUUACGUGGCGCCGGAGGUUUUGAACGGGAGGGAAUACGGGGAGAAAGUUGAUGUGUGGAGUUGCGGUGUCAUUCUGUACAUAAUGUUGGCGGGGUUUCCACCGUUUUAUGGGGAAACGGUUGUGGAGAUUUUUGAGGCGGUUUUGAGAGGGAAUCUGAGGUUCCCUGUCAGGGUCUUCCAAUCGGUGUCGCCGGCGGCUAAGGAUCUUCUGAGAAAAAUGCUCUGCAAAGAUGUUUCUAGAAGAUUCUCUGCUGAACAAGUUCUAAGGCAUCCUUGGAUAACAACUGGAGGCUGAAUUUCGAAGCUUUUUUCUCAAGGCCUUAAUAUUUGAAGGGGUAUUUGCUACUGUAUUGUAUAUAGAGGUUAAAAGGGGAUGAAUUUUUGUUAAUUCCAAGGAAGCUUUGUUUUUUCUUCUCCAUUUCUUCUUUUCGUAGAAGAGGCGAGUGUUUUUGGUAAGCUUGAGAAGAGUGUGUAUAACUAAAUGACAAAGGAAUGAGAAUUACUGAUUGGAAGUGGGUGUUUUUGUUCUUCGCAAAUACCCUAAUGAUGUAUGCGAAGGAUAAGCUUCGGAGUUUUCAAUAAAAAUUAUCGUGAAGAAUCUCUUAACCUAA